GGGACACCCACGGCAGAAUGGGCUGUUCAGUAUCUAAGAAUGUCAGCAUUCAGAAGCUUCCGGCUAAAGAAUAAAACCGAUUGGGAUGGAUCCACGAGAUCAAAAGCCUCGCGACUUCGUCGCUAUUUACAAAAAUUUAACCGAGGAAGUACACAAGACGAGGAAAUUGCAAAUGAAAUGGUUCCAGAAAUAUGAAGGGUUAUUGGAUGAAUACGCAAAACUAAAGAAAGAAAUGGAUAAACUGUGCAAAGAAAAACAGACAGUCAUUGAAACGGUGGCCUUCGUUCGAGAAGAGGGAAAAACUUGUUUGCCAGUUCCGGUUACAACUAAUGGCGAUUACGGUUGGAUUGCAACGAGGCCAAAAUUUAAACUGGAAAAGUACGGAGCUUACAGGCCGAUGUAUCCUGAUCCUCUUAAUGAAAUAGUGCAACUAUCCGGAAAAAUGCCCGUUCUCGCCGCUGGCAAGGGAUUUAUUUGGUAGAAAGCAAGAUCGAAUCACAUCUCAAAUUUACCCUCGCACUUAUAUCCAUCUGUGGUGAAUCCGGAAGCGCAAAUGCAAUGCUCCACGGAAGUUGCAGGUACAUCGAUAGUCACAUGAUUCACGUCAGGGCACGGUAUGCACAUGGACGCGAAAUCG